GGUCAAGCAGAGAUAACUAGCCUUCGCAGUCUCUAGAUCCUGGCGUUAUCACUAAUGCAAUGUCUUCUGCUGUGAGUGCUUUGCCCUCGGCGGCUAAGGCCAAAUCUCCCAAGAAGAGAGCCAAGUCUCAGAGGAAGAAGACGGGUCCUACAGUUUCAGAGCUGAUACUGAAGGCUGCAUCCGCGUCCACAGAGCGCGGCGGCGUGUCCCUGGCAGCCCUGAAGAAGGCGUUGAAGGCCGGAGGAUACGAUGUGGUGAAGAACAAAGCCAGAAUCCUCAUGGCCAUCAGACGCUUGGUGGCCAGCAAAUCCCUUCUCCGAACCAAGGGCACCGGGGCCUCCGGUUCCUUUAAGCUGAACAAGAAGCCCCCCACACCUAGGAAGAAGAAGGUGGUGAAGAAGAAAAAGCCAAAGGCGAAAAAGGUCAAGAAGGCCAGCCCCAAGAAAGCAGCCGGAGGUGCCACUCCAGCAGCCAAGAAGUCACCUAAGAAAAAAAAGAGUAAAUCAAAGAGUCCGAAAAAAGCAAAGAGGCCCGCUGCGGCCAAGAAACCCAAGAAGCCAAAGAGUCCUAGCAAGAUCAAAAGCAGGGUGGCCAAGUCUACCAGGACCAGGGCUGCUGCCAAGAAGUGAAAACUCUCUUAAUGAACACUGAAUGCGACUAAACGCCUUUCUGGCGACGCUUGACUCGUCUGACGUGUGGCCCAAAAUUCUGCCUUCAUUCCGAGAACUUGAACUUGCUUUACCUAUUUUACAGUUUUCUAUAACGGAAAACACUGAACCUGCUGUUGUGACACAUCUUUCUCUGACACCAUAUGCCAUGGUUUGUAAAGAAUUGGAUUUAGCAAUUGUAAAAAAAAAAAAAAAAAAAACCUAUUUUAAUGUA